AUGAUCAAGUCAAAACUAAAAGCAAAGGAGAAUGUGUCAGAGAGGUUAAGGAGUGAUUCUGUCUGCGAGCUGACAAAUGUAGAUAAAACUAACAAAAACCAAGCUGGUUACAAUAAAUAUGAUAGACAGAGUAGCCAAAGGAGAAGCAAAAGAAACUACAGUAAGCUUUAUUCACAUUCUGAACAAUCAGAAAGCAAGAAAACUUCUUAUGAAGGUGAAGUGGAAGAAACUUCUGACACAAGUGAUGUGGAACUGGGACUAAAUGAAGAGCUGAACAUUGAGAGGAAUAAAAGAAAAAAUUCAGCUGCUGUAUUUGAAAAUGAAGAUACGUCAGCAAAUGUUGCGAUGGGUGCUAAGAAAAGUAGUACAGAAGUAAGGAAAUACAAGACUACAUCAUCCUCAUCAAACAAACUGGUAAAGGAAGCGAGUAAGGGUGAAGGUAAAUUUGUUUGUAUUGCAUCAGUACAUAGAACCAGCCCCGUUGCAGAUUUGAUCAUUAAUGUCCCUGUCGACUUGGAGAAAUUAGAUUGGACAGAGGAAGAAGAGGAUGAUGGGAAGAGAGAGAAGAUACAGAGACAGUUCCUCGGAAGCCCUAUAAGGAUCCCAGAGAUCAACGGAAGUCGUAGCUCAUCAGAGGAGGACGGAGGUGUGGAAAUUAUCUCGUGUGACGACAAUAUGGAUGAGGAAAGUGAGGAGGACAGAGGUGUGGAAGUUCUCUCGCGCGAUGAUAAAGUGGAUGAGGAAAGCAAGGAAAAAGGUGGAAAGAAACAGAGGAGUAAGUCAAAGAAGAGUCAUACAAAGGUCACAAAGAAUUCUUCAAAGGAGGUGAUUGGACAUUGUGAUAAUGUAGACCACAACAAAAGGGAUGGAACAGAUCUGGGGAUUUCUAAGUCUCCUAAUGGAAAAUCUGGAUCUUUACUUUCUGGGGAGCAGGACUGCCAAGAGGGAGAAAAAGUCAUAGAAGACCAAGAGGAGGAUGAAAGUCUACAAGUGGAUGAGACUCCAGUGAAGGAAUAUGACGUGGAGAGUUUCUCCACCCUGUGGCCAGCAUUAAGUGGAGGAGAGGGUGUGUCUAAGGCUAGAGCUCGCCAUUUCUCUUCCAUGUCCACCCAAAGCCAUAAAUCUAACUGUAGUGAUCUGUCGGCUGUAUUCUCCCCCAUCAAAGUUGACAAGGAUAUUCAAGAAGAAAGAAGAAGCUCAAGGUCAUCAAGUAGAAGGGAGAUUUUGGGAGACUUUGAGAACAGGAAGAGGAAGAGACUCAGUGAACCAGCGUCCAGAAAACGUAGACGGAGAUGAUAAUGUCAUUGAUUGAAUGUAAUGUCAAGACUAUUCCAUGGUAUCAUACACCUAAAGAGUUGAUGCUAUUAAGUAUAUUAUCCCACAGAAUAUGCUAAAUAAAUGUAAAUAAUUUGCAUGCACUUUAGCUUAUAGUAAAUAAUUAUCACACUAUGACGCCGAGAUGGUUUUGGUUUAAAUACUUGUACAGAUAUAUAAAAAAUAUUUCAUAUUGGAUAGUCACAAAAAGGACUGAAUUUACAUUAAUCUUGUUUAUUUAUGCUUUAACAAGAAAAUGAACAUCUAUUUUAUCUGGAACUGAUAAAAUUAAGUAUUAAAC